GGGGCGGCGGUGGAGCGGGGAGGGCUCUGAGAGCUGUGGGACGGCGAGGCUGGGACCGGCCGUCCGCUGGCACCGCAGACCGGGACCCGUGCCGCGCCGCUCCAGGUAAAAGGACACAGAAAAGAAGAUGGACUGGGGAACACUGCAAGCUGUUUUGGGAGGUGUAAAUAAACACUCCACCAGCAUUGGGAAGAUAUGGCUCACAGUGCUCUUCAUUUUCCGCAUCCUGAUCCUGGGAACAGCUGCUGAACUAGUAUGGGGAGAUGAACAGUCAGACUUUGUGUGCAACACCCAGCAACCUGGUUGUAGAAAUGUUUGCUAUGAUCACUUUUUCCCCAUCUCUCACAUCAGACUCUGGGCCCUGCAGCUGAUCUUCGUUUCUACCCCUGCGCUGCUGGUGGCCAUGCAUGUGGCUUACACCAGGCAUGAGAAGAAAAGGCGAUUCAGAAAUAGUGAUAAAAUCAAUAUUGAAGAGCUGAAAAAUGAAAAGAUUCACAUUCGAGGUCCCCUGUGGUGGACAUACACCUUCAGUAUCUUCUUCAGGAUCAUCUUUGAGGCAGUCUUCAUGUACGUGUUCUACUACAUGUACGACGGGUACCAGAUGCCUCGCCUGGUGAAGUGUGAUGCAUGGCCCUGCCCCAACACAGUGGAUUGCUUUGUGUCUCGACCUACUGAGAAAACCACCUUUACUAUUUUUAUGCUUGCUGUAUCUGGGAUCUGCAUGAUGUUGAAUCUGGCUGAGUUGUGUUACUUAGUGAUAAAAGUUUGCCUGAAAGAUUCUGGGAAAACAACAGUUUUAAAAUAGUUUCCCUGUUUUAUGAUUGCUUGGCUUCCCAGAUCCCCUCAGCAUUUACUUGGGUGUCAGAAAACAAUUGGCAAUAUUUUCACACUUGAGAAAAAGGAUAAAAACAAAAGGGCAUAUAUUUUUUUUUAUGAUAGCCUCUCUGGGAAGCUGCCACUGAGGCAGGUUUUAAGAUCAUGAGUUACUUUGAUAUUCCUGUAUCCAUAAAUAGAGAGAUCAGCCUCCUUGGCUGCACCUUUUCCAAGUAUGCCUCCUGCUGUGAUGGUCACUUGUGGGGAUGAGGAUGUCUAGUGCCACACAGAGAGGGGCUGCAAACAGACUGCAUCAAACGAUCGAUGCCAUUGAGGCAGGGCACAGUGAUUUCCUGCUCUUUUUCUCCCCAGCAUUCUGUGAUGAAUCAGUGAGGUAGAUCUUAUGUGAUGAGACUUUUUACUUGACAGGGCUUCCUUCAGCAGUGUUUUCCUGUGGUUUGUGUUUGUUUUUUUUUUUCUUCUUUUCUUUUUCUUUUUUUUUUUUUUUUCCCCAGUAAAGUUAAAACUGCCUUGUUUCAUUCUGACUCUUCUGGUUCUUCCCCAGAGGAAGUGGUUCAACACUUAAAAGUGUGAUAUGCAGCAGCUCAUACCUAUUGGUGCUCCAUCAGCCUAUUCAUCUUGUAUAGCUUUUCUUCAUAAAACCUCCAGUUCUGAUUAGGUGCACCUUUUAAUUAGCUGCAUCAAACCACUCCCAGUCUGUGGCACUCUACAUAGUGAGACUGAAGCACCUUUUCUCUUGUUGCCAUAGGGCUUGCAAAACUUACAGGUAACUUGCACAGCCAAAAUAGCAGUUUCCCAAAGUUUCCUCCUGAAAGUCAGGAGGAACAUGAAACCUCGAUGUUCACAUUGAUGAGUUGUGAAUUGUAUGUUAUGAACUUGAACUAUGUGAGUUCAUCUCAUCUCUCCAGAGCAGUUUCAAAACAUGUUCUGUUUUAUACCUGUCAUUGGCAGCUGCAGCAGUGCAUGCAGCAAUACAACGUACCCCCUUAGUGCUUGCCUGCUGAAUAUGCUUCUAGUAAACUGACUCUUCCUCUUUAGCUUUAAUAAUGCUCCUUCAUUUGGGAGGAAAGCCAGUUACUAUAGGUUCUCUUUCUGUAGCCAUCUCCUCAAAUACUUUUAUUGCUUCUGGAUAAACAAAGCUGUCUGAAUUAAGACUCAUGACCUCUCACUGUGUGCUGGAAUUGAAGCACAAGAAGGCUGCCACUGCUCAUGUGCUUAUCCAGUGUUGCAAUCUGACUGCAGAUGGAAAUUGUUCGCCAGACAUGGUCACAGAAAGAAAAGGAACAGCAUCCUUAGAAGUGUGAAUGAACAAAUAUAUAAAGUUAUUAAUAAUGAGCUGGACUGGAAACUUGCUCUGUAAAAACAUCCUUAAUACAACUCUAAAUAACAAAGCUUGGCACAUAUUGGAUUUGUGCUUGGUAAAGUUCCUGCACUGUUCUGUGUACGAGUACAAAGAGAACAAAAUAUCUGCACUCCCAGUGCUCUAGUAUUACAUUUCUUUUGUAACAACAAGAUUUGUAUUUUCAUCUGGAAUCAUAAUUAAAGGGCAUUUGUGGUGUCAAUUUUCUGUAUUACUUACAUGUGCCUAGAAUAUCUAGUGAAAAUCUGUUUACCACAAUAGAAAAUGAAUGCAGCAAUAAUACAUUUAAUAGCUGGGAGCUCUUGUAAGCAUUUUACCCUUCUGCCACAGGUUGUUUUUCAAUCUGUUACACUGCCUUUGCUAUCAAGUAUAUCCUGCAGACCUUGUGAGCCUAUAGUGGAAGGCCACGUGUGUGAUCUAUGCUAGAAAACAAAUACGUUGUGUAAAUCUGUGUCUUGUACUAGUGAAACUUCAGCUGGAAAUGGCUCACAAUAAACAAUGUAACUUCUCCAUAGAGGAGAGUUUGUUUUCCUAUUGUGCCUUUAACUGGAACCUGGAAUGUGCCAAAGCUGGCAACACCGAGAUAAGGUUAAUUAAUUAUCUUCAGCUGGUAGUUUGGCAACCAGAUGUCUUAAUAUGAGAAAAAGGUAGCAAUUGGGACAGUUGCUGAAAUUGACCCAAGAGAGGACUUUGAUCCAACUGUAGCAUUAGGUGUAACAGCUCUGCCAGGAGAUGUUUACUGUCUAUGAGAUUUCUGUUUAUAUGUGACUAAGCAAAUACUUUGUAAGAAAACAAACAAAAACCAAAACGUUGUUCAGAUACUUAAUAGGAAUUAAUCCCUCUACAACUAUUUCUCUGUGCCACAUUGCAUGGUUGACAAAUAAGAGAUUUCAUACAGAUUAAAAUACAGUGCUGUUUUGGAA